AUGCCUAAAGUUGUGUCCCGGUCAGUUGUCUGCUCCUACACCCGAGACCGGGAGGAAUACGAGGACGGCGAGAAGCCCCUCCACAUCUACUACUGUUUGUGUGGCCAGAUGGUUCUGGUGCUGGACUGUCAGCUGGAGAAAUUGCCCAUGAGGCCCCGGGAUCAGUCCCGGGUGAUCGAUGCUGCCAAACACGCCCACAAGUUUUGUAACACGGAAGACCAGGAGACUGUGUAUCUCCGCAGGCCUGAAGGCAUGGAACGGCAGUACAGGAAGAAGUGUGCCAAGUGUGGACUGCCGCUCUUCUACCAGUCCCAGCCAAAGAAUGCUCCUGUGACCUUUAUUGUGGAUGGAGCAGUAGUCAAGUUUGGCCAGGGUUUUGGGAAAAUGAAUAUGUAUACUCCGAAGCGAGAGCCUCCCAAGAAGGUGAUGGUGACCAAACGAACGAAAGACAUGGGCAAGUUCAGUUCUGUCACUGUGUCGACUAUUGAUGAAGAGGAAGAGGAGAUUGAGGCCAGGGAGGUGGCUGACUCAUACGCACAGAAUGCCAAAGUGAUUGAAAAACAGCUGGAGCGCAAAGGCCUGAGCAAAAGGCGGCUGCAGGAGCUGGCUGAGCUAGAAGCCAACAAAGCGAAAAUGAAGGGGACUUUGAUUGACAACCAGUUCAAAUGA